AUGAAGUCAUUGAAUCUGGUUCAGUUCCGCGGCGGCCGAACAUGCCGCGGCUCGGCCGGGGGACGGAGGGGAGCCGCCGGGGACGGAGCGGACGACCUGGGGGCGAGCGACGAGCUGAUCGCCUUUAAGGACGAGGGGGAGCAGGAGGAGGAGAGGGGGCGCGGCGGGGGGCGAGACCUGGACGAUGUCAAGUCCCUGGUCAACGAGUCCGAGGCCAACAACAGCGGCUCCGAGACGGAGGCGGACCACAGGACCAGAUCCGGGUCAGAACUUGAGGGUAGAACCAGUCAGAACCAGCUUCUUCAGCAAGCUGUGAGGAAGCAGCAGCAUGGAGGACUCUUCCAGCCGUCUCCCUACCUCGGUUAUCCCUUCUUCAUGAUUCCAGACAUCGGGAAUCUGUGCGGUCCGUACGGAGCGCUGACGGCGAGCGGCCGCACGUAUCUUCCCUUUCAGUGGCCUCUGCUUGACCUGCCAGGAACAUCAGCUCUGAGAGACACUGCUGCUACACACCUGUCCAACAGCGUUCCGGUGGUGCAGCACCCCCAUGUGACCCCCCUCCACCCGCUGCUGUCCUACAGCCCCGAGGCCUUCUCCCCCCAGAGGGCGUCGCCCGGCUUCUCUCCUGACGCAGGUGUGUCACGGUCGCCGCACACCGCCUGUUACCCGGUGUCUCCUGGAGGCGUGGCCCAGAUCACACACCCUCUGUCAUGGCUGCAGGGCCAGUCCCUCUACCCCCUCCCGGGAGGAUUGUCUCCUGCGGCUCUCGCCAUGAACUCGUCCGUGUCCAGCCUGAUGUCCGGCGGCUUCUCCCCGCGUCUGGUGACGCCGCUGCCGCCGCGCUCCUCCAGCACCGCCGCCGUGGAGGUCAAACAGGAGCCGGGAGAGAGCAGCAGGCAGCCGGCAGGGAAGGCGGCGGGCGGCGCGCGCGGCAGCAGAGAGACGAGGAGGACGAGGAGGGAGGAGGACAGGAAGCCGCACAUCAAGAAGCCGCUGAACGCCUUCAUGCUGUACAUGAGGGAGGAGCGAGCGAGGGUGGUGAGAGAGUGCAACGUGAAGGAGAGCGCCACCAUCAACCAGAUCCUGGGCCAGAGGUGGCACUCGUUAACAAAGGAGGAACAGGCCAAAUAUUACGAACUGGCUCGUAAAGAACGACUCGCUCACCUCAAGCAGUACCCGGGGUGGUCGGCUCGAGACAACUACGGGGAAGAAGAAGAGAAGAGGGGGGGAUGGAGUCAGACUGAGCUGGACGCUGUGGCGCCUCAUCAUGACUUCCCGCCGCAGCCGAAGAGGCCCGCCCCCGGUGGACGACCCGCCCCACGCCGCCCACGCCGUCCUCCCGUCACGCAGCCGCCCGCCGUGUCCCACCUCACCCACACGCACCUGUCUCAGGCCAGCCCCGCCUCCUCCCUGGACUCCCCGGCCACGCCCACCACGGCGCUGGCCUCGCCCGCCGCCCCGGCGCCGACGCACACCGAGCACACGCACUCCUCGCCGUUCGGCCCCAUGUCGCCGUACGGCGAGCAGCUGCAGCCGCUGUCGCUCACCACCAAGCCCCACCGGACGGCCCCGCCCCUCAGACCCCCCUCCUCCUCGCCGCACGCCGCCUCCUCCAGGACGCCCCCGCCCCCUCCGCCGCCAUUCCUGGUCCCGCUCCUACCUCCAUCCACCAAUCAGCAGCCAGCUCCCACAGUGCCUUACCUCAGCCGCUGUCUCUGAGAAGAGCCAAUCAGCAGUGAGGACGUAGCCCCGCCCCUUUUUCUACUGGUUUUAUAGUCCGGUCCCAGUUUGUACGAGAAGGCGUGUCAUUGGUCAAUAUUUGACUCCGUCUCUGCGGCCUUUUCCCGAACUUUCCUGGUAUUGAGAAUAAAAUCUAUUUUGUCCACUCUGGUAAUAAAAGUUCACUCCUGACUGAUUCCAGCCUGUUUUGAUCU